CGCAUGGCCAAACUGGUCACUUGCACGGCCGUGCGGGUUGUGGGUGUGCCCGUGCGACUUCCUCAGAACCUCGCCAUGCGUCCGAUCCUCGUCCAAUCGACCCCAGACUCGCUCCUAAGCCUUCAUUCACGUCCUAGGACCUGAAAUAUCACAAACAAGCACAACCUACCGUGAAAUCGGCCUAAAACACGAGAAUCAACACCUCAAACGGUGUAAGAAUGGGGGUAAAAACAUGUGUAAAUGACGGUCUAUCAGUACUAUGCGGUCUUAAAUGGGAUAUCGAUCUUCAGGCUAAAUAAUUAGGUCAUUGAGCUACGACAGUAGGAUUUGAUUUAAUUGUUUAGUACGUAUUAAUUCCCGACAGGGAUAGCUAGCACAUUCAUGAUAUCCUGGCUGUAGAGGUAUGGAUUAAAUUGAUUGGAAUAUGUGAAUUAAUCUGGAUAGGAUAGGUAGUGAAUCCCGGUGUUUCUCCCAGAGCUUUCUCCCAUUGAUUUUCUCCCGACAGUUUUCAUUUAGUUAAUUUAUUUAUUUUAUUUUGCUUUUAGAAAUUAGUCUCAUUAAACUAUUUUCACUUAUAGUUUGCUCAUAAAUUUGAUAGAAUAUAAGGUUGUACCAGUCCCUGAGAGACGAUACCCAGACUUUCCGGUUUACUACGAGAUAGGAAUUUGGCAUAUACGCUUUUGCCCUAUCAAGUUUUUGGCGCCGUUGCCGGGGACUGCCAUACCUUAUUUUUGUUGAUUUUUGUGAGUGAACUAUUUUGAUCUGUGUGCUAGUGUGCAGAAGAAUUUUCAGGUUUAUCCUCCUCGUGCAUGCCUAGGAGGACAACUGGCAAUUUACUGCCCCUAGACCCGGAGAUCGAGAAGACCUGCCGACAGAACAGGAAGCAGGUCAAGUUAGGGAAGCAACCAACCACAACUCCUAGGCCUUCUCUAACCAAGAGAGGGCAGGCUUCAUCACCUGUCAUCCCUACACCACCGACACCACCACCUCGUGACAUCGAGCCUGUCAUCAUGGCAGACGAGGAUCGUUCGAUCAGGGCUCGUUUGAAUCGACGGACUGGAGCCCGAGCUUCAUGUGUUGUCAUUCCGGCUGGGGAUGCAACCAUGGAAAUUACCCCAACAUUCAUAAAUAUGAUCACUAAUGGGUACACCUUCUCAGGGGCUAGCACCGAGGAUCCUCAUGAGCAUCUUCGCCGGUUCGCGAGCAUAUGUGAUACGAUGAAGAGCCCGACCGUGUCUGAUGAUGCAAUCCGUCUUCGGAUGUUCUCAUUUUCUCUGCUAGGGAAUGCAUCACACUGGUUCCAGAACUUAACACCCCGUUCCAUCACGACAUGGGGUCAGCUUGAGAAGGUAUUUCUGGAUAAAUACUUCCCACCUGCCUUGGCAAUGAAGAGGCAAGAGGAAAUUGUCACUUUUAAACAAGCUGAGGAUGAAAGUCUGACCGAGGCAUGGGAGCACUAUAAGGAGCUUCUGAUGAGAUGCCCGAGCCACGGUCUGGAAGAUUGGAACGUGAUCUCCAUUUUCUUCAUGCGCCACUUAGCUCUCAAGUCUCAUUAGAGUACUAAGUCAGCCUUACUCGUAUUCACUCAAACUCACAAGUUUUGGAGAAAACUCUAUGGAUGGAAACUCGCUUAUUUCUGGAUGAAUGACAAAUGAGGGAGAGGGCUGCUUAUAUAGGCAUCAUGUCCACUGAGUACAAUGUAUGUAGGCAUCAUAAAUGAACGAACCUAGAAGUCCCCCAAUACAUGAACUUGACCGCA